GGCUAAACCCUGCAACCAUGUUCAGUCGAAGGGAUAUUGAUCAAUAUUCUGUGGGGCCAGUGAUAUCCACUCGUCGGGUCUUCCUCGGAAAACUCCCAAUGUACAAAAUUUGAAUGGAAGCUUUGCGAACAUCCCCACCGACCGAAAUGCUUAAUUAACGAUACAAUUUUGGGUACUCCCUUUUCCCGUCCGAGAUAGGAAAGUGGGGCACGACAUUCACGUGAUCAUGGGAUCUGCAUAUCCCACCCUACCCACCGUCGCGUCGCAUUCUAGAACACCCUUUUCCCGCCCGUCACUGAACAGCCUCAAUGAUCAGCCUCUACACCUCGAUGAGCAUCCAGCGGCUCCAAGACGAAUUGAGCGCGCGAACACUUCGGAAUGAUGGAAAGAAAGAGGAUCUCGUACACCGAUUGAAAGAGGCAGAUUGGGACGAGAGAUUGCGGCAGCACGACACUUUUCCUCCGUUUCCUCGACUUCCAAUCGAGAUUCAACGAAAGAUAUGGGGAUUCCCGCUCCCAGGCCCUCGACUUUUGAGCGUCUUCUUCGAUGCAUACGACCCCAGCAGGCUUUUCAGCCCUUCCGAGACCAAGGUCCCAAACCCUGUCACUCUCACAACGUGUUUGAUCUCCUGUGAAGUCGCGCUUUCGAGGUACCGGCCGGUUUUUGAAUACUCGACAUUUUAUGCCGACCUUCGUGGUGGAGACCUGAUAAACCUCGGGUAUUAUAACAAACAGUUAGACACGGAUAUGAUCUGGAGCUGGGAGUCCUGAAGUAAUUGCAGAUCUUGAGCAGAUUACUCAAAUUAUCUUGCAUCUCAAAUACUUACGAUCCUACAUUCCUGGCUAGUUCGACCUUGGCAACGGAGAAUAUUCCGGUGGGCGAGAACUGCGCAAAAAUCUUGGCAGGUUUAAGAGCCUCAAGGUAGUAUUGGUAUGCUGCGGUGGAUCGGGACGAUUUUGGGGACCCUCAGGUCAUCCAAGGCAGGUCAUACU